GCGUAUUGGACACCGCUCAAUCCAAGGGUCUAGUCCACUCCUCCUCGUCUUGGCAGCAUCAACACGAUCGAUCUUCUAUCGACUAAAAGAUCAGGCUCCUCUUCCUUGUAUUUCCCUUCCCUAAAGGACCUUACUUAUACCUAAAUGAUCCCGCAUUGACAAAGGUACCCAAUCCAAAGCUCUAUAUCUAAUCAUGCCUGCUAUCGAACAAGAUGCGCCCGCGACCAUCGCGCCCCAAAAGUCAACUCCGACUUUCGACCCUAAGGAUGUGACCGUCAUCUUCGUUCUCGGCGGUCCUGGCGCUGGUAAGGGCACUCAGUGCUCCAAGCUUGUCUCAGAUCACGGCUUCUGUCACUUGUCAGCUGGUGAUCUUUUGCGCGCCGAACAGGAAAGACCCGGUUCACAAUAUGGAGACCUCAUCAAGGAUUAUAUUCGAAACGGCCUCAUUGUUCCCAUGGAGGUGACUAUUGCUCUCCUCGAGAACGCCAUGGCUGCCGACCUUAAGGCAAAGAAUUCGCAAAAGGGGCGCUUCCUCAUUGACGGCUUCCCCCGCAAGAUGGACCAGGCCGUCAAGUUUGAAGAGACUGUCUGCCCCGCCAAGCUUGUUCUUUUCUUCGACUGCCCGGAGGAUGUCAUGGAGUCUCGUCUUCUCGAGCGUGGAAAGACCAGUGGUCGUGACGAUGACAACGCCGAGAGUAUCCGCAAGCGUUUCCGUACUUUCAUCGAGACCAGCAUGCCUGUCGUUAACCGUUUUGAGGAGGUUGGCAAGGUUCUCAAGCUCGAUGCUACCCCUCCUCCUGACGAGGUCUAUGCCAAUACUGAAAAGGCCCUUGCUGAGAGGCUGGGCCCUGACUUUUAGCGAUAAAGCGGUAUAAAUUGGAAUUGCAUACAUUUGGGAGAAGCUGUGCCGGGGUCGGGCUGUAUAGAAAGAAAUUCACUAAUCCAUGUUGCUAAGCCUAAGAAAUAUGAACACUUUGCGUCUCGGACUAUAAUAGAAUACUCUUGAAUACCUAUGCCGGGU